UGAAACUCAGAGUGUGAAUCAUGGGUUGGUUGUUCAGUGGGGUUUUAUCACUGAAACACUGCUUUCCUUUAAACCCGAAGUGAAGGACGCACACUUCUGAGACAACAAUGGUCACUCACAUCAAGACAAACAUGGAGCAAAUAACACAUAAAGUUGUUUAUGAAAAUUUUCCGGAUGAUCUUUUUAAUGACUAUGAAAAUGUAACAGACGGACCUUCUGAUGGAGUACUGUACAUCUGCGAAAAAGAAAAUAUCCCACUGCAUCUGUUUCACUCUGUGUUCCAACCUCUUGUAUAUGGUGUGGUCUUUUUCCUGGGCCUAACAGGAAAUGGCCUCCUCCUGACCAUUCUGCUAAAACGCCGGAGGAACCUGCGCGUCACAGAGAUCUAUCUGCUACAUCUGGCACUGGCUGACCUGCUCCUCCUCUUCACUUUACCAUUUGCAGUUACCGAAGGGGUAGUUGGGUGGCCUUUUGGAAACUUUUUGUGCAAGCUAUUGGGACUUAUUAAUCGCCUAAAUCUGGUGUGUGGGAGUCUGCUUUUGGCAUGCAUCAGUUUCGAUCGCUACCUCGCCAUUGUGCACGCCAUCCCCAGUCUCCAGACCCGUCGACCUAAGACCGUUCACCUCACCUGUGCACUGCUCUGGCUCCUAUGUCUAUUUGUGACCAUUCCCAAUAUGGUGUUCCUGUCUGUGGAGAAAGAGAACAACUCUACCAGGUUUUAUUGUUCUUACAGCAACCAUGGCAUCCAUGCAAACAACUGGAAGUUGACCAGCCGCUUCAUCACACACCUGAUGUGCUUCUUUCUGCCUCUGUUGAUCAUGGGGUACUGCUACACGUCUGUAAUCAUCACUCUUUGCCAAAGCCAGAGAAGUCUGGAGAAACAGGGAGCGAUUCGACUGGCCCUACUAGUUACACUGGUUUUCUGCCUGUGCUGGCUACCAUAUAACAUCACCAUUUUUAUGCAUACCCUGGUGAUCUUGGGUGCUGAGCAGAGCUGCCAUGCUCACAGCAAACUGGAACAGGCGAUAAUAGUAACAGAGAGCAUUGGCUUUUCCCACUGUUGUCUGAAUCCAAUCUUGUAUGCCUUCAUUGGGGUCCGUUUUCGAAGAGACCUCCUGCAGUUGCUCGCAAAGAUGAAGUGUCUGCGUGUAUGCCUGUCAGGUCUGCGCAUUAAACAUUUGAACAAGGUAUCUGUCUCAGAGGCUGUUUCUACCACAACAAGUAACCAAUAUAUCUAAUAGCAGCUGAGCAUUUCUGUACGUAUUUUUUUCUUCUUUAAAGCACCAACUAUCUGUGAUUUGCAGCUUUACCUGCACACUGAGCCAGUCGCUGCACAUGACUAUAUGCACAUAAUGUGAGCGCAUGAAAUAAUUAUUAAUUUGGACAAUCUGUUAGUCAAAGGUUAAAUUUCAUUAAUAAGCAAAUACCUAAAAUUCUAUAAUGCUUUGCCCUGUGUUUUGAAUGGAUUCUAUUAUAUACCAGAUAAAAAAUGGUUCUGUAACAAAUAUUUGGAAAUAAAAAGUGAUAUAAUUCUAUCAAUCUGAUUUAUUAAAUUUUUUUAGGGUUGGUUGACUUUUUUAUUCUAGGCUUGAUUCCGUUUAUGGGGUGCAGUCUAACAUGUUAAUGCUUAUUUAAAAAAUAAAUAAAUAAAUAAAUUAAAUUAAAACGCAUUAUUUUACACAUAAUUCACCUUUAAUCCACACCCCUCUAGCCCUUCUCCUAUACACAAAUCCGCCGUAAACUCUAUGAGCGCCGCCAUCUUGCCUGCCGCCAUUACUGCGUGCCUGCGAAGUGUGACGCUUGCCGGUGCCCUCUAAUGAGAUUUAAAUGAAUGCGGAUCCUGCUCAUUAAAGAAAAUGUCUGGUGAAAGGCAACAUUGGGUAGAUUAUUGACAACAAUGUAAUAAUGUAAAAAUAUGUAACGUAAUUAAGAAGUGUAUUAAUUGAUGACAAUUAACAAUAAAACCAAACACUGUUAUUACUAGCUGUUUUGCUAAUAUGUUCACAUCUUCACAAUAUCAAAUAACUAUUAUUAAAUAACUUUUUUCAUAGUUUGGCUGGUCCUGCGACUUAUAGUCAGGUGCGACUUAUCAAAAUUAAUUGGACAUGAACCAAGAGAAAUGAACUAACAGAAAACAUUACCGUCUACAGCCGCCAGAGGGCGCUCUAUGCUGAUCAGUGCUCCUGUAGUCUACACUGAGCAGCAUAGAACUCCCUCUCGUGGCUGUAGACGGUAUUGUUUUCACUUGGUUCUUGGUUCUAAAUAAAUGCGACUUAUAGUCCGGUGUGACUUAUACAUGUUUUUUUUCCUCGUCAUGACGUAUUUUUGGACUGAUGCGACUUAUACUCAGGUGCGACGUAUAGUCCGAAAAAUACGGUAAUUAUUUUUUUCCCCUUUUAGUCUGACCAACUUGCCGAUUGUAAUUGCGUUAAGACCCACAGAUUUUUUAACUCUUCAAAAAACUAAUACAAAUGCAAUAAAAUGUCAGACACAAGCUUUUCACACACACUCACGCCACACAUCCAUUUUCUCACACACAGAAAAAUCGCGAAGCAAAGAGGACAUGGAGAUCGACAGACGAGAAAGAGCAGGCUAUAGGAAAAAAAAAACCCCUCAGCUCUCAGAUUCCGUCAAUUUCAUUACGAAAUUCAAACAAUGAAUACUCCUCCGCUCGACCAGGAACUCUGUGUAAUCUGUAUGGCCGUAAACAUGGGCAGUCAAUGUGCAACAAAGGUUCAUAAAUUUAACAAACUGUUUUAUUCCAGGCCUGUAGUUUUGUGCUGUUGUUAAACAGCCAACCACACAACACGCUCUUUCCGGCAUAACUGGACAGCAUACGUACUAAAAAAAAUAAAUAAAAAUAACUUAUCAUACAUCUAACAUUUGCUACAGCGGCCUACGGGACCAACGCUACUUCUGCUACUCCCUAAGCAGCAAGGCACACAGUAAUGGCGGCACUGCUUUGCUUCCGUGUUUUGCCGGAUUUGUGUAUAAACGCUAUGAUCAUUUCCUGCUUUUAUGAAGCCUCUGCCUCAGAAAUACGUAAUGGGCUCUGACUGGUUAGCUAGUCCAGUGUAUUGUGGUUGGCUAAACAGUCUCUAAUGCGCGUCUGAGCAUUCUGCCCCACACUUCAGCAGAAUGUGCUCCGGUUGUAUUGUAAACAAUGGCAUCAUCUAUAUUGCUUAUCAAUUUGAGCUCAAUUGAGGAUAUUAGUAAGAAUUUCAUGCAGAAACUGUGCAAGCACUGCUCUAAAUGGAAUGUUUUUGUUUGUUGUUGUUGCAUUUGUAAAUUCUACUGCUUCAGUCAGCUUUUAAUAUAGGCUACGGGUUUAUCCUGACUAAAGUUUUAAUACAGUACAGCAACUGCACGUACUUCCAUUCAUAAUGCUUCUCAUAUAGCUCCAAAUUUAACGCAGGGACAGCCGGGAGCGAAUAUGAAAUACCCCGUGGUGCUUUUAACGUGUACCAAUAAAGGAACAAUAUAUUAAAGGAUAGAUUUCCUGACCUGCAGUAUCCUGAUAUCUUCAACUACUGUACCUCAUCAACUUUCCCUCCUAAGGUAACUCUGGAGACUCUUUAUAAGCCUACAAAACCUUGGAGGGGUACAAAUGGACAGAGUCAAUUUUUUUUUGCGAUGAAUAUUCAACCUGCUGUGUUGUCACUGAAAGGGUAAGUCAACUGUGUUGUUAGUCAACGUAAACGACCCAAGUUGUCCUUAUAGUCAGCCAACACAACUGCAUAACUGUGAGUACAGUAGACAUCAUAAAUUUCAUGAAAUCUUACCCGUUUAAUCCCAAAUGUUGUGUUGGUUAGCAUGUUUUAUUGCACUGAACCAUUUUAGUUUUAUAUGGGGAUCCUUAUAGGAACACAAUAUAAUGGUUUCCCCUUUGCUUUAUAGGACAAUCGUGCAUAUUUAAAAAUGCAGAGUUUUGAAUUAAAGAUAACUUAUUUGAUAUGGGCUGCUUUUGGUGCUUGACACUUUUUUAUUGUUCAUUUUGUGUGUAUUACGAUUAAGGUAGGCUGCAAGGUUAAGAAGCAUACUUAAAUGUAAAAUGUUCUUUCUCUAUUUUGCAAUAAAAGAUGGUUUCCCUUACUGA